AUGUCGAGCGGUUACCAAGUUGCCUCUGUUGCCCGGCUCGUUCACUCCACGUUGCCUGGCGGUGGCGAUGUUCCGGAGAAGGGAUCUUCAACCGAAACUGCGGCCGUGUCUUCCACGGGCGAGUUCGACCUUGGGUCCGACUUCACUGCAUUCAUACCAUCCUGCGCCGUCUCGUGCUUUCAGUCUUUCCUUGAAGUCAACUUUGAGACCGACCUCUGCGGCUCAUCACCAACAUUACAAUGUCUUUGUUCACAUACUGGAUCGACGGGAUACACGAUAGGAGAGGGUGCGGUUCAGUGUAUUGUGGCUGAGAAUUCUAUUAGAGCCUGUGAGGGCAUGAGUGCCGGGUCCGACACAGUCGCCAACGCAUAUGGAAUGUGCGAUAAUCAACCCAACGCAGCACCGGCGACACACGCUACAAUAAUAGCGACACUGAUCGUGCCCCCAACUGGCCCGGUCGUGGUGCCGAACCCAUCAACAACGGCAACUGUGAGCUCAAACAGGAGCUCGACGACGAGCUACAUGACGCCUUCCGUCACCGUGGCACCCACACUGUCGACAAGCUUCUUGACUAGCUCUAGCUCAAGCUUCAGCACAAGCACAAGCUCGUCCUCGUCUUCAUCCUCGUCCGCGCCUACGAAUGCUACGGCUGCACCAGAAACGAGUGGCACCAACACUGCGGCGCCGGCACGGAGCUUGAGCACAGCACAAAUUGGAGGCAUAGCAGGGGGAAGCGCCGCAGCAGUUCUACUUGCGGCGGUCGUUGGGCUCUUUUGUUUCAUGCGCAGACGUCGGGGCAAAGCAGUCACUGGUUUCUAUCAAAUGAGGGACUCAUGGAGCCCACGACGGAAAGACAGCCCGGAGAUCUCGGCGCCGCAGUAUCGGGAGCCCAAAUCGAUGUCUUUCACAAGGGCGCUGGCACAACGAGCGAACCGAGCCAGCGCUCGACCUGAUACUAUUGGCCUUGCGAUAUCUCCUGAGGGCAAUGGCAUGCAAGGAGCGGCAAGGCAGCCCGAUGGGACAAUGGUUGCUGCCAAUCUACCACUUGCUCCGGCUGCCGUGGCGCAAAGGAGGUCGGCGUCACCACCACCUAUUCCGGCCCUGUCACCUCUUCGGACUCAGGGUAACUUCAACUUCUUUUCUCCCCAACAGCAGUUCACAAAUCAGCAGCAACAACAACCAGCAAGCGCAGCAAAACCAGCUCUGACCGUCGACAUCCCGGCAGCAAAAUCCCAGCCGGCCGCUCGCUCCAGCACAAUGUCAAACAACCGCAUGCCUUUCAGCGGUGGGCGUGAUAGCGUCGUCACCGAGUUUGCGGAAGAUGGAGAGACAAGCGCUGGGCUCGGGUCUGCACAAAUAUGGCGACCUCCAAACACCGACCCUCAGUCUGCGUCGACGUAUUACGUUGCCGACAAAUGGGGGAAUUGGGUCCUGGGAGGUUCCGGCCCCGAUGAACAUAUCGUCGAGUUGCCAACUCCCGUCUCCAAGACAAUCGCGGAAAAGGACGCCGAGCAAGACCGAGCCGUUCAGGAGAGUAAUGCAGUCAAGGCGGCGGUCAAGGACCUCUCGUCCCCAACUCUGGGUGCAACUGCACCUGCGGCGCUGAGACUCUCCAGAGCAGCUGGUGCGCCAGGCAAGCCGACAAUCAGGCAUGUUGCCCCUGAAAGUGGACGGUUGCCGAUCAACACGAGGAGUUCGAGCGUGUAUUCGAACUUCAGCAUGAACUUCAGCCUUCCGCAGACUGUCCAGCCUGGGCCCAACAACCCCAUGCCAACUUCUGCUGGAUCGCGCAAGGAGCCGUCACCAACCCCAGAGUCAUAUUAUGUGGGAGGUGGCGCCGGUGGCAAGCAGCAAGGAAGAGAUCUCACUUCAAGACCGAGAAGAAGAUCCAACAGUACUGGCGGUGGGACGAGGGAUCGGACAAACACGAUGAUGUCGCAGGACUCCACGACGACAAUCGCGUCUUCAGUAGGCAGCGAGGUCGGGGUGGACUCGUUCCCAGCACCAUCUCGCCAGUCGGCAGCACCGGAUCAGCAGGGCAGCCUGUCGCCCGUGGUCGAGUCACCUGGGAGGUCACCGGUUUCCUAUCCCAAAAUCCCCAGGCCGCGCAGCAACGUGCCUCUGAACAGGGUUGCGGAUGCACCGGCCGCGAAGAAGCCCUUGCAGCACCCUGCCCUCCGGGUCGUCAACUCAACACCGAGCGACAGCCCAACCCUCGGCAUCGUCGACUCGCAGAAGCCGGUGCAAGUGGGCCCCGUGGCCUCGGCGGCUCCCGCACAGGCGCGUGUGUCUUACUACAACCCGCCCAGGAGGAACCCGAAUCCGAACAGGAACCCAGGCCAGGUCCGCUCCGGUUCGCCCGAGACACCAACAAGCCAGCAGCAGCAGCAGCAGCAGGUACCACAGCCCCUGGCGGUCCCGAGCAACAAGCGCGACACCACCAAGUCGCCGCCCCUGCAGACCUUCCAGCAGCACAUCGACAACCGCUCGCAGCUCCCAUCGCAGUCCCACUCGCGAUACGGGCCCAUGUCCGUGUACGACGCGUACUCGCGACCCGAGUCGAACCAGCCUGCGCAGCAGCAGCAACAGCGGCAUUACCAGCAAUACUAUUACCCACAACAACAACAAUACCAAAACGAGCCCGGCGGGCCCUACUCCUUCUCCCCCUCGCCAGCAUCGGCCUCUGACUCACCCUCCAUCUCAAACACAACCACCAAAACAGACAGCCAGUCCAGCCUGCUGGCGGCGAAGCGGCUCGGGGCAGAGCGCGCGGCAGCGCUGCAGAUCGGCGGCGAGUCGGCCGAGGCCCGGCAGGCGCGGUGGAAGCGGCGGACGUCGAGCCUGGGCAAGGCGGGUGGUGGUGGUGCUGCUGCUCCGGACGGCGUCGGCGCCGCGGCAUCGCUGCCGCCCAAGGGUGUCGUCUUCCGCCAGGCCGGCAGGGGCAGCGCCAGCACGAGGGAGAGCGACGUGCCGCUGCCUGCCACGCCUGGGUGGAAGCCGCAGCUCACGCCUAAGAGGAGGGGUGACGAUUUAUUCUUAAGCGUGCAGUAA